AUGAAACAGCUAGACCAAAUAGAGCACACACUGCUAGAAAAUUUAAAAACCCAAGAAAAAACAUUUGUUGAAUACAUCAUUCACCUCAACAACCUAAUUAUGGAGUUCCAUGGAUUCCUUUCCUCACCAGAUCUAACAAAAUUAACUAUGACACUCUCUUUGGUGGAUAUGAAAAUCCAACCAAUACCAGAGACGACAAAACCGGUAACACCAGUAUUUACUGCUGCUAAAUACAGAGAAGAUGACGUUGCAAAAUUACUGGGUAAAAUUAGUAUUCCAGAGAUAAAACCAGAAAGAAGGAAAAUAAAGCCAAUGGAAAUCCCAUCUAGCUUAACACCAGAGAAAUCUAAAAGUAAGCACUUAAAAUCUGACAGAAGGAAAUCUAAUCUGAAACAAACACUGUCUCUUUCUUCCUCUGGCGCUGAGGCGAGGGAGUUCAUAGUACCAGAUGUUGACGAUGCCUUACAUAUGUCACUAGAUCAGUCAGGCACACUUUGGGUCAGUGACAUGGAUGGUAACCUUGUUCAAACAGAUCUACAGGGGAAUCAUUUACAGAAGAUGAAAACCAGGGGUGGAUAUGGUUACCACACUGUGACACAGGACGGGGAACUGAUCUUUACAGACAUGUACAGUAAAGUCAUCAAUAGGAGAACACAGUUUUACAAUAUCACUGAAUUCAUUAAAACAGGAGACUGUAUACCACUCAGAAUAUACUCCUCCCACAUCAAUGGGAACUUACUGGUGGGGAUGGUGAAGGUUGACAAGGCUAACGUGUCCAGGUACAACAAUACAGGAAAAGAAUUACAGAACAUACAGAGGGACAACAAAGGACAGGGACUGUAUAGUUCACCAUACUACUUAACAGAAAACAUCAAUGGAGAUAUCUGUACAUCAGAUUAUGAUUAG